ACUCGUCUGGCCAUUUCACACAUUUCACAUCCUACAUUUCAUUAUACAUUAUGCUCCUCACACGUCGUAUCGCAACCGCCGCUCCCUCCUUGACGAGGGCAUACGCAACCUCCAAUGCAUUCAAUGAGGUCGUGAUCGUCUCUGCUGCACGUACACCCGUAGGAUCUUUCCAAAAGUCCCUCGCAAAGCUCUCUGCUCCCCAAUUGGGGGGUGUAGCCAUCAAGGGCGCCAUUGAAAAAGCCGGUCUGAAACCAUCUGAUGUCCAAGAAGUUUACAUGGGAAACGUCGUUUCCGCCAAUGUAGGCCAAUCCCCCGCUCGCCAAGCAGCCAUCUUUGCUGGAUGUCCUGAAACAACCGAAGCAACCACCAUUAACAAGGUCUGCGCAUCGGGCUUAAAGUCGGUGAUCUUUGCAUACCAGGCUUUGGCUUUGGGUGCUCGGGAUGUGAUGGUGGCUGGUGGAAUGGAGAGCAUGUCCAAUGUCCCGUUUUAUUUUCCGAGGGGAGCACAGUUUGGUCAUCAGCAGGCUGUGGAUGGGAUCAUUAAAGAUGGACUUUGGGAUGUUUAUAGCCAGGUCCACAUGGGAAACUGUGCCGAGGAAACAGCGGUCGAAUACGGCAUCUCGCGAGAACAGCAAGAUGAACACGCCAUCACGUCGUAUAAACGUGCAGCAGCCGCAUGGGAAAAGGGGUUAUUUAAAGAGGAAGUCGUUCCUGUGACGAUCAAGGACCGUAAAGGUGAUAAAAUUAUUGUGGAGGAUGAAGAAUACAAGAAUAUCAAAUAUGAUAAAGUCCCGAGUUUGAAGAGUGCGUUCCUAAAAGGAGGCUCCGUAACAGCCGCCAACUCCUCAACCCUCAACGACGGCGCCUCAGCCCUCCUCCUCACCACCGCCCAAAAAGCCGCAUCACUGAACCUCAAACCCCUGGCCCGUAUCCUCAGUUUCGGCGACGCAGCAACCCAUCCCAAGAAAUUCACCAUUGCACCGUCCCUCGCUGUCCCUAUCGCCCUCCAACGCGCCGGAUUGAGCAAGGACGAUGUGAGCUUGUUUGAAUUGAAUGAGGCGUUUAGUGUUGUUGCACUAGCCAACCAAAAAAUUCUCGAUAUCGACCCAUCUAAACUCAAUAUCGCUGGUGGAGCCGUCGCACUCGGACACCCCAUUGGAUCCUCUGGAUCUCGUAUCCUUGUUUCUUUGGUUCAUUUGCUUCAACAGGGGCAGAUUGGUGUUGCGGGGAUAUGUAAUGGUGGAGGGGCGGCUUCUGCUGUUGUUAUUGAAAAGUUGUAAAGUACGAUUUUAGAUGGGUAGACGGGGGCAGUGGAUGAUUUUAUCCCGAAUCUUUACAGAACAAGUUAUACAUGGUGAGAGUUAACUUGAAGUACCACAGAAUGCAAUACGUGUUGACAUAUCAUGGUAUUAUCACCACGAAACCCCCUGUAAUGCCGCUCAAUCAACUCUUCAUGAGAUAACCCAGACAUUUGGAUAACACCCCACCAAAAAAACAUUAUAUAUAUUUUACUAUUCCCAAAUGGGUACAUCAUUAUAAUCAAAAUCUGUAUCCAAAUCAGCCCAA